AUGAAUUUAACAUUGUUGUAUUUAGUAAUCCAUUAUUGCAAUCGGCGAUGAUAUGAGAUAUCCAACGAACAAAGAAGAUGCAUUCUCGUAAUUGUUUUAUUUUAUGUCUCGCGGAAAUGUGAGAAUCAUGAGGAAACUGUAACAUUAUUUUGAAUUAAUCAAUAAUAAUGUCCGAUCCCAUAAGUGUGGUGCAAUGAUGGCGGAUAUUUGUAACGGUUUCCGUUACAAGAGUCACCUUGAUGGUAGGUGAUUAUAUAUAUUGCUCCAUGAUCCCCCCACUCCUUCUAAGGCAUAAGGCUCAAAGCUCACAUAAAGUAUAUACAUCAUCUAGAUAGUGAGGAGUGAAAUGGGAGACGAAAAGGCUUUCCGGGGUUCUUCCACGUUCUUCGACCGUUCAUCAACAGUAUGGCUGGAGGUUCUCAACCCAUUACUCAUUCUGAAAUUUCAUUAGGCCUUGAAAUUCCCGAACUAACUAGUGACAACUAUAAGGUUUGGAGAGAAAGAGUUCUCCUACACUUAGGUUGCAUGGACAUUGAUUAUGCUAUUAGGAAGGAUGAACCACCUGCCGUUAAUGCACAAAGUACUCCGGCUGAAAUUGCGCUAUAUGAGCGAUGGGAGAGAUCCAAUCGGCUCAGUGUAAUGUUUAUCAAAACUAAAAUUUCACCUGGAAUUCGUGGCUCGGUUGAUCAGCAUAAGAAUGUCAAUGACUUGCUUAAGGCUAUUGAUGAUCAAUUUGUCACUUCAGAAAAGGCUUUAGCAAGUACCUUAAUCUUGAAAUUCUCCUCACUUCGUCUCACAACCGUUAAGGGUGUGCGAAAACACAUCAAGAACAAAUUUGAUAAGUCUCGUACAACCACCUCUAAAUCUAAGGGUAAAGGUAAAAUGCUACCCAAAGCUGACAUUAAGAAGGUACAAAAGUGUUAUUUUUGUAAAAAGAAAGGACACAUGAAGAAAGAUUGUGCCAAGUUCAAGAAGUGGUUGGAGAAUAAAGGUAACUUAUCUUCCUUUGUUUGUCAUGAAUCCAAUAUGUGUGAUGUUAACACUAAUUCGAGGUGGAUUGAUUCUGGUUCUACAAUCCACGUUGCAAACUCUUUACAGGGUAUGCAGAAUCUAAGGAAGCCAGUGGGAAGUGAGCAAAGCAUCUUAUCUGGAAACAAGAUGGGCUCACAUGUGGAAGCCAUUGGAACAUGCACUUUAAUUUUAAGUAGUGGUUUUGUUUUAACUUUGGAAAAGACUUUUUAUGUACCAAGUUUCUCACGAAACUGGAUUUCAAUUUCAAGACUAGUACCAUUUGGGGUUUCCUUCAAUUUCAAGAAUAAAGUUAUUGAAUUAUUCAAUAAAUCUACUUUUGUUGGAAAAGGUACUUUGUCUGAUGGUCUUUAUCGUAUUGAUUUGCAAAAUGAUGCCACACUUAAUUCAUUUCAUCUGCAUACUGGCUCCAAAAGAUCUAGUGUUGACGAGAACUCCUCUAUGUUGUGGCACCGGAGAUUAGGUCACAUCUCCAUUGAAAGAAUUAAGCGAUUAGUUAAUGAUGG